GUCUCUCCUCACACGAUGGAUGGAUGAGGAUGCGCGCGUGCUGCCGUUUAGCUAUAGAAAUCUAUAUCUACAUUAUUAAAUACUGCACACAUUCAUUGCGAGAUUAAAGGCGUGUCUCGGGCUGUUUACACAGUGCAGGCUGUCAGAUGGUAGGACUGAUCGCAGUGCACUUCACAGAGCCAUGCCUGGACCAAGCUCUCUCUCUCGACUCAUUGUUUUGUUGCUUGCAGCAAAAAUCGCAGGAGGCUUCUCAGGGGAUGAUGAGAGUUACCAAUCGCAUCGGUAUGGUCGUUUGGCGCUGGCCACUCCAUUGCGUCGGCGCUCUGGCGUGGACUCCCAAAACCCGAUGCCACCACUAAGAUAUAAGAGCCAUGCACUGCCCCUGUCUCUCACAGCCAAGCGAAUACCUUCCACCGUACCAGAGUCACAUUUCCGGCAGGCACCACAGGAUCACUCAGAACUGAGCCUCCUUGCCAAGACGGACGAUGACGCGCACAUGGAAAACACACCCAUAUCAGCUCGUCAUAUUGUCACCAUGGCUUUGCAGGUGGAUGUACGGCAGUUAAACGUAAGCCUCCUGCGGACGUUCCGUGAAGGCGUGGCUGCAGCCCUGGACAUUUCCCCUCGACGUGUACACAUCAAGCAUCUGAAUGAGCAGAAAAAUGGCAUCGAGUUGUACGUGUCUUCUGACAGAGCCGGAGCGUCGGAGCCGGUUUCCUCAGAGGAAGUGAUCCGCUCGCUCAACCUUAACACCCUGCACAGCAGCCUCGGCCCUUUCGGUAUCACCGAGGUCUCCUCUGAGAAGAAUGUACUUCAAGGCCAGCAUGAGAGGGACAACGUGUGGAGCAAUGAAAGCUUCUAUGUGGUGGUUAUCUUCCUCACAACCUUCAUCAUCGUUGUCACCUGUUUAAUGGUGCUUUACCGACUCAAGGAGAAGGCUGAGUACUCAAACGGGCAGCUGAAGGGGCUGGGUGUGCCCGUGUCUGCCACCCAGCCACCCCUGACCCUCACCAGCAGCAUGGUGCAGGCUGGCCCCAUCCCCAAACCAGCCUGCACCACUGCUACCAGCACAAGACCCUCCUUUAACACCAACACCACCCAGAUCAACCACAGCUCAUCCCACACACACAACAGUGCCUGCAGCGCUGAGUCUCAGUGCCCCCCCUGCCCUCCAUGCCCCACUGUGGCCGAGUUUAAACCCUGUCUGUCCUCCAGUCCUUCGCCCUUCAAGAUGAAGCCCGCUGCCGGCCUGCAAGAGAGACGAGGCUCUAACGUGUCAUUGGUGUUGGAUAUGAGCGCGCUCGGCUCUGUGGAGCCUCUGAAUUGCAGAGUGAACACUCCUCGCCAGCGCGUGGCUCAGGAGUACCUGCAGUCAGCCAGCCGAGUCCUCACACGGCAGCAGCUCAGAGACGCGACGCUCAACACACAUUCCCUGCACGCCGAGUUCGCUGAAAUUCCAAUGAACUUCGUAGAUCCAAAGGAUCUAGACAUUCCCAGUCUCGGAACCAAAAACAGAUACAAGACCAUUUUGCCAAAUCCACACUCCAGUGUCCUCCUGAAAAACAAGAACAGCUGUGAUCCUCUCAGCAGUUACAUAAACGCCAACUACAUACGAGGUUACCUCAGACAUGAGAAAUCCUACAUCGCCACACAAGGACCUAUGAUCAACACUGUAAACGACUUCUGGCAGAUGGCCUGGCAGGAGGACUCGCCCAUCAUCGUCAUGAUCACCAAGCUGAAGGAGAAGAACGAGAAAUGUGUUUUGUACUGGCCUGAAAAACGAGGGAUUUACGGCAAGGUGGAGGUCCUCGUCAACAGUGUCCGGGAAUGUGAGCAUUACACCGUCCGCACGCUCACACUCAAACAAGGUGGCCAAAGUCGUAAAGUCCAGCAUUACUGGUACACAUCAUGGCCGGAUCAUAAAACCCCUGACAGCGCAGGGCCUCUGCUGCAGCUCAUGACUGAUGUAGAGGAAAGCAGAGAGGCUUCUGAGUCUCACGGCCCUGUCAUCGUUCACUGCAGUGCUGGGAUUGGACGCACAGGCUGUUUCAUAGCCACGACUAUCGGUUGUCAUCAGCUGCUUCGGGAUGGAGUUGUGGAUGUUCUGGGCAUCGUGUGCCAGAUGAGAGUCGACAGGGGUGGAAUGAUCCAAACCGGCGAGCAGUAUGAAUUCGUCCAUCAUGCCUUGUGUCUCUACGAAGGCCGUCUGUCAGCAGACCCAGGCCCGUGAAUGUGAUGACCAAUUCAUGAAGAAGAAGAUGGUCCACGGAUGUUUUUCUCUCCACGAUUACCAGGAAGCACAAUCUAUCAAGGGUCCAAGCAUCCAUUUAUCUUUCUCAUCCCAGAGAGACAAUCUAGAAUGUAAGGGAUUGUUUAUGGAGAUGUUUUGCACUUAACCCGUAUGCUCGUAGAACGAACCGGAUCAGAACAGAUGACGUGUGAUGUGUUGAUAUUGAUGUCUCGACUUAGACUCCUUUUGACUCUAAACAAGCGCGUUCGCUCUGUCCACCUAGAUGGAAGCAUCCGGUAUACCUGCUCUCUCACCUCCAGCUCUGGACUUUUCACUGAGCCACGUCAGGGCUGACGGGGCCCCAGUAUUCAAUCCAAUUUGUGUAUAGUUACGAUUAGCACUUUCCUCAAGACUUCACACAGAACUAUGUGACAAUGCUCAAACUGUUUGAAGACUGUUAGGCGCAUCAAGUGGACUCGUGUGAAUAAGUCGUUUCAGUUCCUCUAAUCAAUAAUAAUAAUAAUAAUAAUAAUAAUAAUAAUGGCAGAAUUUUCUUUGUUGUUGUUGUCCAACACAUUUAAUAUUUGACCACAUGCCUGAACACUGCUCACUUCUCUUGUGUUAAUAUUUGUUGAAGAGGAGGCUCUACAACACGGCUGUACUUUAAAUAGCAGAGUUGAAAAUAUAUAUAAAAUAUAAUAGUUAUUUUUGUACAAUAUUCCCUAAAUAACUGUUGCCUUAUUUUUUUUUUUUUUUUCAUUUUUCAAUUUAAUAAGAUGUCAUCCAGACAUUUAUCAAUAUUAAGGACUAAAGGAAUUUCUGAAAUGUCAAAUACAUUUUUGUGCCUUUUCAUUUGAACCCAUCUUUUAGGAAAAGCUUUCUACCUUCCUCUUAUUUAUUAAUACGUAUUUUAUUAAUAUUUUUUUUCAUGGAUUGUAAACCAUCUCCACCCUUUUCUCUUUAUGAACCCAUUUUAUCCAUAUGCCUUUUAGUUAAAUGCCAACACCCGCUUACACAAACUUCCUGUGCAGAUUCAGGAAGCUGUGUGCUGCUCUGAGAAUCCAGUGCCAUUAUGUUCCUGGGUGUAUUUUUAAAAAUACAAAAAGUAAAAAAAAAAAAUCAAACGUAGACACCGAUUUUUACAUAAAUGCUAUCAGACCUUAUAUUGUUUUCUUGACCUGUGACUAAGAUAUGCAGCACUGUGCAAAAGUCUUAGUUCACCCUGCAUUUUUAUAUCCACUUUCUGAUUAAGAAACAACACAUUCUAUUGUAUUGAAGAAGAAAACUUCCCUUUUUACUCUGUCGCUUAUCAAGUUUUUAACAUUUCGUGUUUUUCCUGUGCAUUAUUUUACUUUUUUGUAAAACAUUUUGUAUUACAGUUUAGGUGAUAAGAUAUGGAACAUCCAAUAGCUUUGAGUUAUAUAAUCCUAGCUCUAUUGCUCCAAUCAAAUCACGUUUGAUCCAGCAGCUUUCUCUGAACUGAUCAUUGAGCUCCAGGUGAAAGCGUAUGAGUUACAUCAGCAUCAUGUCUCUGAGCUACACGAGGACUUUUCUGCUAUACGGUUUGCUUCGAGAGCCGGGAAGAUGAUUGUUCUAGAAAUAUGAACAUUUCUAAUUGUUUUUUUUUCUUCCUUUUUUUUUUUUUGUAUGGUCCAUUUUUUAAAAUUCUGAUUAUUUGUGAUAUAAAGCUUUUACAAAUUAUAUUUGUGAAUUUCUACUAGAUGUGUGUAGCAUAGAAAAAUCUGGUCAGUGAAAUAAAUCAAACGGUUUCUGGUUAGUGUACGUUGGCUUACUGUUUGUAGCUAUUUUUCACUAUUUGGUAUUAACCUGUCAAUAACCUUUAUUUCCUCUUUCUUGCUACUGUAAUCCACUUGAAUGUUGUAGGGGAAAAUCAGUGUAACUGUCCAGCAGACCUGCUACAAUAGAUAUUUCUAGCUAGUAUAAUCUGUACAGAUCAUCAGUAAGAGACAGAAUGUGACCAGAGAUGAAGAUUUGACGUGUCAUGUCUGAAGGCUAAACACAACUAAAACAUAGCGUACGUGAAAACACAGGACUAUGUUGUGAUUCAAGCCAUAAUAUUUAAUGUUGAGGUACUACGUACUGUACAUUCACACUAUGAGUCCUCUUUUCUCUUUAUAGAGAGGGUGUAAAGUGGAGAAAUCUCUGUUCUGUUACUGUCCUGGUAACAAUAUACCUAACUCUGUGACUCUGUGGUCUUUACAGCAAAUAAACUGAUCAUACCGA